UUGUAUUAGGACCAUGGAGCUAGCCAGAUAGCUUUAAAUAAUACCGUCAUUACGAAAUUGUCGAUCGCCUUUUGACGUGCCCCGAGGGCAACACUCGUUGGACUUUUAUUACAUUGAAAUUGAUGAGAAAACAAGUGGACACAUAAUGACUGAUAAAAAGUUUCAAAUUGGACCACUGGAGACUAGAACGACGCUUCCUGCCUACCCUUGGUACAAGGAAAAGUUGAUGACCAAAUGUUUGAAAGAUGCAAAGAACAAACAUCAUCUCUCAGGUGCUUUGGAUGGCCGUCGUUGGCGUUUUCUAAAUGUGGGACUUGAUGACUUCAGAGAUGGAUAUCCUACUGCUGGCACAAAGGUUUUCUCUCAGGCCCAGAGGGGCACGUCCCCUUCCAUUUUUGGGAUGCCAAGUCCUACAUCUCUUUCUGAUAAAACACAAUGGAAGCGCUUCUCGAAAGAGCAGGCUUGCUUCUCUAAGAAGAAUCCUCAGCAGCAGGCACACCGGGAGCAUGUGGCUGCAGUGGAGCACAAACUCAAACAGCAUCCUCUGGCUCUGUACCCACAUUUAGAGCAUGGCAUGCCCCCAGAGUUGUUUGAUCAGGUGAUAUGUGUCCUGGAUCCGGAUAUGUGUGUGAGCAGAGCUUCUGCAGUGACUUCACCAGAAAAAGAGGAGCAGGCGGACGACUGCACUGAGCCGUGUGAAACCAUCAUGCAGCAAUCGGAGUCAGAGGAGGAAGUGAGAGAGGGACCACCUGUCAGUGCAAUAAUGACGGACGAUUUCUGUGCAAAGAACCCUUACAAAGGGCUGCAAAGAAAGCAGAGCAGUGCCAAGGAAGACCAGAUAGUAAACUUCAAACGACUGCGCUCCCCAUCUCAAGACGAGGACAUCAAGAAAGUCACAAAGCUUUUCUGUGACUGGGUCACCUCAUUGGGAGGAGAGAAGAACAACCUGACUGAAUCCACCCUACUGGGCCUGUUUGUCAGUGGGUAUGAGAAGAAGCCAUCCCUGACCUUCCCUAUCCAGGUGGUUGAGCCUAAGAACGUGCCAGAGGACCUACGUAACUCUGUGGAGGACCUGCGCAGAGCCCAUACCUGUGAGGACCCCUUAAAGGACUCAGAACCAUACAAGAGCAAACCAAGAACUAAAAGGACCAAAUAUGGAGCAUGGUACCUGGAUACUAAAACAUGGAAGAAAAGAGAUGCUGAUGAACCAUUACGAGAUCCCAAUGUCAUCCCUGAGGACUUUGAGUUUCCAGCACAACCAAGUGAAAUGGAUGAUGAACUGAAACAGAUGCAUGGGACUCAAGCGUUCAAGCAGUUCAUCAUCAGCAAAGGGCUGAGGGUGCCUAGGUUUCUGAGUACUCUCUUUGAAGAAGAGGAGCAAGACAACCGAUCAAGGCCAGAUGCAGCAGGCUCGGCUUCAACACGGAAAGGGAGUGUUCCUUUAGGCAGGUUUCAAUAGGCAAUAUGUAGGGCAGUUACACAAUACUACACUCAAUUUGUCAAAACAAACUAAGAGAUAAAAAUGUUUUAUGCUAAGCUGGUACAAAGGUUCUCCUAAUUUUUCACGAGUUUUCAUGUUUCCAAAUCAUUGACUGACUGUCAAUGCAUGUACAUCAAAGAUCAUCCUCAGUUACCUUGAAUAAUGACAUCUUUCGUGAAUAACAAGAAUAACCUGCUAGCCUGUUGUUUAUCCUCCUGUCAUCAUAUUUGGUGCCAAUCCCCUACGGUCAUAUUUGGUGCCAAUCCCCUACUGUCAUAUUUGGUGCCAAUCCUAUAUAUUUGGUGCCAAUUUUUCCAUGUUGAAAGUAACAUGCCAUGGGCAAAUUGAAUUCAUAA